CCGCGGACCGAUGUCGGUGUUAAUUGAUCUGGUUAUUCUGUUGUAAGAAAAGGAAACACCACACUGCGGCAUAAUUUCAUUUUUGCCCCGCGGAGAGGAGGAUGGUGUGUGGGUUGUCAUAACUUUGGACUCGCUGCUUUUCCUUGACACGCGCACUGAUCCAGUUGGUGAGGGCAGCAGUUGCAGGGUCUCUGAUCCUGAGGAGAUGACGGAAGUGGUAGAGCCCAAGCUGGACUUUGCAUCCUCUGGUCGCUCGGGGAGAAGGAACGCCCUACCUGACAUCCUGGGGUCACCGGCUGGGGUCAACCCCACUGACCUUCCACUCAAACUGGCCGAGCUCAACCUCACAGAUGUUCAGGGAGAAGCCCAGUCUCCCAUGGCGGAGGAGGCCCCACCCCCUCCAGAGAGCUCUGAGGAGAAUGAGGGAUCAUAAGGCUGCCUGGUGGGGGUCUAACUAGCCCCAAUGUUUACCUCCUUGUGAGGCUGAUGAGAUAACUGUAGGAGAGGAAUGGAUGGGUAGGAUGAUACAGAAGGACCCAUGAAGGAGUGGCGGGCCCGUUUGAACAGCAGCUGAGCUGCAGACAGUGAUGAGCAGAGAAAGGGUGGGAGAGAAGGUUAGAAGGAUGGACAGAGAACCGUCUCUAUCACACAAUCUGAAAAGACUUAAGAAGAGCGUUGGUGUGUGUGUGUGUGUGUGUGUGUGUGUGUGUGUGUGUGUGUGUGUGUGUGUGUGUGUGUGUGUGUGUGUGUGUGUGUGUGUGUGUGUGUGCGGGUGGACAUAUCACCUCUACUCCCACACACACUGCCAUGAGAAACAAAGGACAUAUGCUGAUUAUAUGCUGCUGUGCAAAACGGAGAACUCUCAAUUGAAAAAAAAAAAAUGUCAAAUGUCCUGCUGACGUCUAUAACAGGUCGGAAGAUGGGCGGAUCCUAAUGGCCUCUAGGGGUUCUGAGCUUUCUGAUUGUUCUGGAACAUAUAAGGGGAUAAUGUAACUAGAAAUGUUUGAAGAACGAGGGGCGAGUGGGAUAACUGUAUAACAAGGGGCAGCUGGCUUCCUCUUUCACACAGACAUUUGAUGUAAGUAUGAAUUCCAAUCUGAGACUUUAAUGCGGAUGGCAGCGUGGUGUGUAGAGCAGAUAAGGGUUUAUAAACGUGGUUUUGAUGAUAACCAAUGGGGCUAUCAUGCUAAUGGGUUGAGAUGAAGACAAUGACUGAUGUGUUUGUGACCUGAAGUGUUGAUGUGUUUGUUUGCAAAGGUUAGCUAGAAGCUGAUGCUAAUGUUAUGAGUAGGUUGGACAAUCCAAUCCUUGUCUUUUAAACAUUCCUGACAUCAACCUAAAAUGGUUUCUCACUGCCAACCACGUACUGUUAAAACACUCCUCUGCUGUUGGUGUAUUUCUAUCCCGGAUUCAUCCCGGCUCAGACUUUCUCUGUUUCCAUCUACGUGGGCCGGCACCCGUCUCUCACUGGACCAUGGCUCCAAUGGACCUGCACUCACUUGGAGCCGGAGCCAGGCCGCUGGUACUUCUCAGAUGGCAUUUCCAUAACAAUGGCUCACUGUGAACUUUAACACCUUCUCACAAAGCUGCUGUUUGGAUUGUGCAGUGGUUGUUGAAUUCGGCUCUUCACAAGUCCUCAGUGUCAGCGCAAUAGCUAUGGAAACACACUGGCUAGAAUAACAUAAGGGUGUAUACACUCUUGUAACAUUGGUGUCAUGGUUGAAAAAAACAGCAUGUGACAACUGCUGUUGUGUUAAUCUAUUCAGCUCAAGACUGUCUUUCGUUAAAAGGCUUUCUGUUUUCCCAGACUCCUCUGAAAUGUGCCUGGUAGCAGUUUACAUGGGAACCUGUUUUGUUGUGUUCUAUAGCUCUGUGUGAAGUGUUGUUCAACAGUAUUUGGGCCAUUGACACAUACAUGUAAACACCUAUUUUUUUUUUGUUUAGUAGAAGACGUGCCGACCAGGUGUGUACAGCACAGAGAAAUGUCACAUUUCUAACCAGAACACUACUAAUGCAAUGUUACCGAUGUAUACGCUCAAAGACAAAUACCACCCACACCCACAGCAAGGCCUUGAGAUGGAACGCUUGUGCACAUGUUUCCCAGUGUGGUCGGCAUAUGCCUGUGGUCUGGGCAUGGGAGCAAGCACCAAGCAACACCGCCACCAAAGUGUUGCAUCACGUCUGGAGAUGGCAGCAUCCUUUCUGCCUCCUUCUGCUCCACUCAGCAACGGACGGACUGGGACCAUAAAUCAGCCCCGGCAUUUGUAACACACAGGCCCUUUUUUUUCCUGGAGGCCACUAUUGUUAGCCAAAUAAUGGUCAUUCUGCGUAAAAAAAAACAACAACAAUUAAGACAAAACAACUUGGCUAAAGAUGGAACAUCUGGCAUUUUUCCCGAACUGCCCGAUGGCCAGUCCGUGCCUGUACUACACUGCCGGUCUGAGAGGACUUCUAUCUCUUACUCAUCAAAACAAUAGAGCUAGAAAUGCAUGAUCGCAACUGACUGAUACCGUUUGACUAUGAACACUGAGGACCAGAUGCACGGUGAAUUUAACACAGUACAUAAUACCAGUUAUUACACUGCUGUUGUAUAUAUUGUGCUAUUACACAUGGAAGAGUUUAUUUACUAUAUGUACAUGUUCGUAUAGUGAAUAAACAUUCACUAUACAACACAAGAGACUGAACAUUCUGUAUUAUCAAUCGUCUUUCUAUGAAAUGUUUGGGCUGUGGGUAUCUAUGUGUGGUUUUGUCUCAAACGCAAGCAGCUGAGGCUCUAAUUCGUAAUGCACUGCACUGAUUACUGGAAUCGUUCAUGUGAUAACUCAAGGUAAAUGUUUAUUCUAUGGAGAGGGAAAAUCUGAGGUGUGUCUCGUAGUGUCAUCUGUUCUCAGUGGUGGUAUGUGCAGUACAUUUACGUUAGCAGAAUUCCACAUGUCAAUUCUGUCAGGUGGGUAGGCAACAUGCCAUAAUAAAUCCACAAAGCUUUC